AUGGGACAAGCAAAGGCGACCAAGAAAUUCGAGAAGCGACACUUGAAGGAUACACUGGACCGCCGAAAUGGACUGAAAAAGACCAAGCAGAAGCACCAAUUGAAGGCCAAGAAGAAGGCAAGACGAGCUGAGGAGAAUGGCGUCGACGGCAAGGAAGAGCAAGGAGAAUCGAGUGCACAAGAAGGUGGAAGUAAGUCCGCAAAAGAUGCUUUCAAAGACAUGAGCGUGGACGACUUUUUCCAAGGCGGUUUCGAGGUCCCAGAACUACCCAAGAAGAAGAACAGCAAGCGAAAGCGGUCAGACCCAGAAGAGGAUGACGAUUCGGCAUCGCAAGGGUCUCUCGAACAGGAGGCUGUACCCGCUGGUGGUGAUUCAGAUGACGACUCAGAGGAUGACAUCGGCGACUUCAAGGAACAGCUGGAUGCACUGGCUAAGAAGGAUCCCGAGUUUCACAAGAUGCUGCAAAAAGACGAGCCCGAAGUGUUUGAGGACUUGGACGAUCUGGUCUUGAGUGAAGACGAGGAUGAGCCGAAGCGCAAGAAGCAAAGGAAGGGCGAUGACUCGGACGAUGAGAUGGGGACAACGAAUGAGCUGGAUAUGGCUACUGUUAAGAAAUGGCGUUCUGCUCUCAUUGAGCAGCAGUCGUUGCGUGCUGCGAAAGAGGUCGUCAUUGCUUUCCGUUCCGCCGCUCAAGUCUCGUCAUCCGACGCAGAAGAGAAGGACUUCAAAUAUUCUGUUUCGGAUCCUGCAGUUUACCACGAGCUUCUCACGACGGCCCUCAAGCACAUCCCAGAUAUCUUCCAACACCAUCUGCCUGUGCAAGAGACCAAGAGUGGAAAGAUUCAUGUUCCCACUGAGUCGAAGAAGUUCAAGACGAUCGGCCCACUGCUGCGAUCGCAAAUAUCUGGCAUUUUGCACCUGUUGGACCACCUCUCAGACCCGGCAACACUAAGAUUGACACUUUCGUCUCUCUUGCCGCUCCUACCCUACCUACUCUCGUUCAAGAAGUUGGUACGCGAUGUUUCCAAGGCGGUCACCUCAGCAUGGUCGACUUCUUCAAAUACGGAGGCUACGAGAAUCGCCGCGUUUUUGGUAAUGCGACGAUUGGUUGUCAUUGGCGAUGCCGGAAUUCGAGAGAACGUGCUCAAGGCCACCUAUCAGGCUCUAGUUAAGAGCAGCCGCAAUACUACCAUCCACACCAUUGCGGGUAUCAACUUGAUGAAGAACUCAGCAGCAGAGCUCUGGGGUCUCGCGGGCUCGGAGGGUGGUGUUGCAUAUACGACUUCCUUCACCUUCAUCCGCAGUCUGGCUAUGCAUUUGCGCAGCAGCAUUACCAACAACUCGAAUGAGAGCUACAAAGCUGUGUACAACUGGCAGUAUGUCCACAGCCUGGACUUCUGGAGUCGAGUUCUUGCAGCUCAUUGCACAGAGUCAACCUCACCGUUGCGGCCGCUCAUCUACCCACUGACUCAAGUCACCUUAGGUGCUCUCAGGCUCAUCCCUACGGCGACCUACUUCCCGCUUCGAUUCCAACUCAUCCGCUCACUGUUGCGUGUGAGCUUAGCAACAAACACCUACAUACCGCUCGCGGCACCUUUGCACGAGGUCUUGAACAGCGCCGAGAUGAGAAAGGCGCCCAAGGCGAGCACUUUGAAGCCUCUCGACUUCAAUGUCGUCAUUCGAGCGCCGAAAUCAUACCUACGUACUCGGGUCUACCAGGAUGGUGUUGCCGAACAAGUCCAGGAGCUGCUGUCCGAGUUCUUCGUGAUGUGGGCGAAGAAUAUUGCGUUCCCUGAGCUUGCGCUGCCGGUCAUAGUGAUGAUCAAGCGAUGGUUGAAGGAAGUGAACCAGCGGGGUGCAGCUAAGGGCGGCAAUAAGAACCAGAAGGUCAAUGGCAUGGUUCAGCUUCUUCUACAGAAGAUCGAGGCGAAUUCAAGGUGGAUCGAGGAGAGAAGAGCGAAGGUCGAGUUCGCGCCUAACGAUCGAAAGGGGGUAGAGGCUUUCUUAAACGACGUGUCGUGGGAGAAGACCCCUCUAGGCGCGUACGUGGUGGGUCAAAGAAAGACGCGAGAAGAGCGGGCACGAAUCGUGGAGGAGGGCAGGAAAGACGAGGAGAGACGGCGGCAGAGCGAGAAGGAGGCUGCCAAGGCUGGUGCAGGCGAGCGCAGUGAGAGCGAAGAGGAAUCAGAUGAAGAGGACGAAGAGGUGGACGAUGAAGACUUGUCGGAAGGAGAUAAAGAACUGCUCGAUGGCGCAGAGGAGGAUGACAGCGAUUAG